ACAGAUGGAACGUGUUUCACUCAGCGCUUGUCCAAUGGAAAUUGCAUCGGAUUUAUAUCUGGUGUCACCACACGUCAAAGGUGUUGCGAAGCAAACGGCUACUUUUUGAACCGUGUACUAACGGACUAUGAGUUUUUACGAGAUCAUCUCAUUAUGGAAACUGGUACAAGCAACUGUGUCCACGCUUGUAGCGAAAUGUAUCAACCAACUUGCGAGGACUAUAUUUGUCCCGAGGGUCAUGAAUGUCAAGUACUCAAAGGCGAACCACGCUGCGUUUGUCAGACAAAAUGCGAACCGUCUGAUUUUGAGUCAGGUGUGGUGUGUACAACCAAUCUGCAGCAGUUUACCAACCGAUGUCAGUUGAAAAAGGCUCGUUGUGAGUCGGUUCAUCAUGGUUUCUCUGAGAUUCCUUGCCCGCAGAAUCAAAUAAAGUGUGCGUCUAACAGUAUACUGUCGGACCUAGAGAAGCGCUCCACAGAUUUACUGCUUGCACAGUCAGAAAGACGGGCUGUGAAGAUGUCACCAUGGAUUAGGCAAUGGUUGGUCGAUAAACGGGGUACUUUUCAAAUGGAAAGAUUUCGGCGUAAGUCUCUUGGGGGGAGCAUCAGAGUGAGCCGCGAAACGCAAGAGUUAGAAGAAUGGUCCUCUGGAUUACAGUGUAUGAAUGGAGAGUUCUGCAUGUUGCGUCAGUUGAACGCCCUACCUGAAUGUGUACCUUGGAGCAAAGAGAACAAAUACGGAGACUGCAUUGAAGAGGACGGAACUCGAGGUCCGUUCUGUGGCACAAAUAAUCGGACCUACGCGGAUCGAUGCGAACUGAGACACGCUGGCCUACGAAGACAACUGGAAAUGAGGAUAGCAUAUAUGGGCCAGUGCAGGAGUGAUGCAAUGUGUGAAAACGUUAAAUGCCCACGAUCAGGGAUGUCCUGCCGUCUACACCACCGAACCAGGCAGCCUGUUUGCGUUGACUGUAUGCAGCUGCCGGAUGAUUGUAACGUUUCGUAUCAACAGCAAGAACGUCCGCCCGAGAAACGUUCCGAAGGUGACCCCGUAUGGACACCGCAAACAAACACAAAAGGUUGGCCAACAGUAUGCGGCUCCAACGGGAAAGUGUAUUCCAAUGCGUGUUUCCUUCACGUAGUGAACUGCUUCACCGACGAGUUUGUGGAGCUGCAACAUUCCAGUUACUGCGUU